CCCCCAGUCCCUCCGCCCCCGGGGAGACGUUUGAGCCUGCCGGUCUUUCCCUGGGAAGUGAGGGCAAAAGGCAACAGUGGGCUGGAAUUUAUACAGGCAGAGUUGCAGACACCUAAAAUGACGCAAUCUCUGAGCAAGCUGGGGAGGGGCUCCGCGAGGACCUCGUCCUGGAGAGAUUGCCUGGGAAGCGGAAGCUGUAGGUAAAGUGGCGGGUGACGGCGACGGUGAUUUAGAUAAGACUGAAGACCAGAAAGGGAAUGUGUCUUCCCCCAAAGUCACAGAAUUGGUAGAGCUGGACAAGAACCUAAGUUUAUAACUGAAGACACCAGAGAUCUUUCUGUUACACUCUUGGGAAGCAAACCCUGAGAUCUUUGCAAAUUAUCUUGUGGGAAACAUGCCUAAAGUCAAAAGAAGCCGGAAAGCUCCCCCAGAUGGUUGGGAGUUGAUCGAGCCGACACUGGAUGAAUUAGACCAAAAGAUGAGAGAAGCUGAAACAGAACCUCAUGAGGGAAAAAGGAAAGUGGAAUCUCUGUGGCCCAUCUUCAGGAUCCACCACCAGAAAACCCGCUAUAUUUUUGAUCUCUUUUAUAAGCGGAAAGCCAUAAGCAGAGAACUAUAUGAAUAUUGUAUUAAAGAAGGCUACGCGGAUAAAAACCUGAUCGCAAAAUGGAAAAAGCAGGGGUAUGAGAAUUUAUGCUGCCUGCGGUGCAUUCAGACACGGGACACCAAUUUUGGGACGAACUGCAUUUGCCGGGUCCCCAAAAGCAAGCUGGAAGUGGGCCGGAUCAUCGAGUGCACGCACUGCGGCUGCCGAGGCUGCUCUGGCUGAGGCACUCGGGCCCUAACCUCUCUUCACCCUGAACCUUGGACUUCACAGGUUUCUGCCUGUCACAUCAUGUCCUCUCCUGGGAGCAGCUCUUCUCACAGAGCGGUGCUCCAGGCCCGAGUGGGAGCAUGGUCUCUACACAUUAAGGCUUUGGUGUUUAUUAGCUAUGAUUUGUAGAAAUAAAACUUUUAAACCUUU